AUGUUCUGCUGGUCCGCCUCAUUCUACCCGCAGCCGAUCCUCAACUGGCAGCGCCGCUCCACGCAAGGCCUCGCCGUCGAUUUCCCCACCACCAAUGUCCUUGGCUUCAUUUGCUACGCCAUAUAUACCGCCGCCUUCCUGUAUUCUCCUGUGAUCCGCCAGCAGUACGCCGCCCGUCACCCCGUUUCGCCGGAGCCGUCGGUGCGGUUCAACGACUUCGCCUUCGCGGCGCAUGCCGUGGUGCUGAGCGCCACGGUCUACACGCAGUUUUUUCCGACAAUAUGGGGCUUUAAGGUGUCGAAGCAUCAGAAAGUAAGCCCUGCCGUGGCGGGAAUAUUUUGCGGCUGCAUAUGUGCCGUCGCCGCCGUCACCCUCUGGGUGGCCUCCAACGGAGGCUAUGAUCCGUCCGGCUGGGCCUGGAUAGACGUUAUUUACACUAUCUCCUACGUGAAACUCGUCGUUACAGUCAUUAAAUACAUCCCACAGGCAUGGGUGAAUUACAAACGCAAGUCCACCGUGGGCUGGAGCAUCGGCCAGAUCCUGCUCGACCUCUCGGGCGGAAUUCUGUCGAUUCUGCAACUGGUCAUCGACUCGGCGCUGCAGGACGACUGGAGCGGGAUCACGGGCAACCUGAUCAAGCUCGCGCUGGGCAAUGUGAGCAUUUUUUUCGACCUUAUCUUUAUAGUGCAGCAUUAUAUACUGUAUCCGGAGAGAAACACGGCUCCGAAGGAUGAUGAGAGUUUUAUUACUGCGCCUCUACUGGUUGAUAAUGAACGGCGAUAUGGGAUUUGA